UGUUCGCAUCAGUUUGAGUUUGCCCGUUGCCGGCCGGCAUUUUAAACAAAGAACUGCAGGAACAGAAAGUUGAACGCGUACACGGUCAUACUCGAUCAACUUCGCUUUUGCUAAAGAGCAUAUUGCAACACCUUCCAUUUCUGUGCUGUUAUUAAAAAGUCGACAUAUUUUACGCAAAGAAAUAGAUAUUUUCUCUUCUUAUUUAAUUCAUAUAAAGAUAAAAGAAGUCUCCGAAAAAAAUGUCGCUGUUGCCAAUGCUCUUCUCCAACUGGUGGGAAGAUCUGGAUGAGCCGCAUCAUGUCCGUGACCAACACUUUGGAAUGGGUGUACACCCAGAACAUCUAAUAACGGACAUUUUCGAGCCAAGACCUAUGCACCAUCACCAUCGGGUGACUCGACCUCACUAUUAUCGUCCUUGGGGGGCUGAGCUACUUCGUCGCAACAACGCUGGAGGAGUGUCCACGGUCAAUUCCGUAAAAGACAACUUCCAAGUAGUUCUUGAUGUCCAGCAAUUCGCUCCUAAAGAAAUCAGCGUCAAGGUUGUUGACAACUAUGUUGUUGUUGAAGGAAAUCAUGAUGAAAAAAAGGAUGAGCAUGGCUGGAUUUCUAGAAAAUUCACUCGUAGAUACUUGAUUCCAGAGCAGUGUAAUUUGGAAAAUGUGGAAUCCAAACUGUCUUCGGAUGGAAUUCUGACCAUCAGUGUUCCUCGUAAAGAACCACCGAAAGUUGAAGGAGAGCGAGUGAUAAGCAUUCAACAAACAGGCAAACCAGCAAUCCAAGAAAAGUCAGAAGAAAAGAAUCCAGUUGAAGAAAAGAAGUAAUUGAAAAAUAGAACAGUGGUUCUUGCAUUUAUCCUAAAGCAUUUAUUCUAAAGCAUUUUUCUAAGUUACAUAUUAAACUUUGAUGUUUAAAAAUAGUAUUUCUUAGCUUUAACAACUAUCAAUUGUAUACACAUAUAGUUUUGAGCAUAUAAAAUUUAAUUGAAUUCUUUAAGUCUUACCAACUAAAAGUCAAGUACUGGGUGAAACUCAAAUACUUAUAAAAAUGUAACUUGAUUAAUAAAG